AGAGGAUCCGAAUGCCCGGCAAACGGUCCAUCGACAACGUACAGUCGAUGUUCGGUGCCCGUUGGCACUAUCUAUCCAAGUCGUCCUGAUUAAGUAAAAUCAUUGUCGAUUGUAGUGUUUUUUCCCAUACGCGAAGACCGUGUCGGCACGAAUCAACGUUUUUCGGAAAAGUUAUUAGGAUAAAUUUAAAAAAAUUUUUUUUUGUAUUUCAACCGUUUUCCUUCAAUAAUUAACGAUAUAUACGACGAUUCGAUGGUAAUUUACUUACAAACGAUUUCUAAUUUUAAAUAGAAGUGUCACGAUGGUGCAACCUAAAUCAUAUCAGUGAAUAGAUAAAGACUAGUGUGUGUAUAUAUUAACACUAUACACGGAAACACACGGUCGUUUUUUGUUUAUGCGAGAUUACGACGGAAUUUUCUAGCAUUGGACUGAUAUGGAGGACCAAAAACCGAGAAAGUACUACAAAAAUAAUAUAGCCGCGCUAGGUCUUACCGCGGCAGCGCUGGUUAAAGGCAAUGGGUCCGAAGAGGAUAAAGCAGAGGAUGCGAAAUGGCCGUGUUUAGAUAAUGUAAGCACAAGUUUAACUUUAACGGAAACAGCAUCCACUACUUCUAGAGACGCUUCAUCUAAUGCGUCCAAACAAAAAAGAAAACCUUUUUGUACGAUAGGUAAUUUAUUUUUCAUCCUAACGGCGUUACUUUUAUUCCUUAUUGGUAGUUUUACAAUAAUACACACACCGUUUGAAAUAUUAAUGAAUGAGAGACUGAAAAUGGUAAGGGGCUUACCUGCAUAUGAAUGGUGGAAAAAUCCUCCCGAUGAAGUGUUACUUAGAGUUUAUUUAUUUAACGUGACUAACAGUGAACGUUUUGAAAAUGGUCUUGAUAACAAACUCGAACUGAAUGAAAUCGGUCCAAUUGUUUUCAGAGAAUUAUUGCGACAUAGUGACGUGAGGUUCAAUGAGAAUGGAACCUUGACUUACGUGGCUACAAGAACAACCAAGUUCUUGCCAGAAUUGACCAAUGUAGAUUUAAACGCUCAAUUAGUACUACCCAACUUUGCGGCAUUGGGAAUGGCUUCUUACCUUUAUGACGCUUCAUCGUUUACAAAAUAUGGGUUUCAAUUUAUGAUGAAAAUGUUGGAUACACAAAUGUUCGUUAAAACUACUAUUGAUGAUUGUUUAUGGAACAUGACUGACCCGUUAGUCCAAAAAGCUAAAAGCAUGAUGCCUGGCUUAGUACCUGAAGAAAACAUGGGCAUACUGUACCAAAUCUACAACAAAUUUACAGACGAAGUGACUGUUCACAUGGGGCCAGAAAAUUCAGCAAGAUUUUUCAUGGUUGACAAUUAUAACGGUAGACCAAAUUUUGGAAUUUGGGAAGACCCAAAAUGCGACAGUGUACAAGGUGCAACAGAGGGUGUUACAUACCAUCAGUUUAUAUCAAAAACAGAUACGUUAAAAUAUUUAAGAAAAACUAUGUGUCGAGUGACUCCUUUAAAAUAUCAGACUGAAGUAUCAAAAUCGGGCAUGUCCGUGUACAAGUUCGUUUUACCGAACAACGUGUAUGCCCACCCACAACUGGAUCCAACCUUAGAAGACUGUUUCAGCAAUCCUAAAUCAUUUCCGUUACCUUCGGGUCUUACGGAUGUCUCCCCUUGCUACUAUGAUUUCCCUAUAGCCGCUUCUUUCCCUCAUUUUCUCAACGGUGAUCCAUCACUGCGAGAAAAUAUUUCUGGUCUCUAUCCUUCUGAAGAAAAACAUAGCUCUUUUUUGAUCGUCGAACCACUGACAGGAGUGCCGUUUGAAAGUAGAGCCAGGAGCCAAAGCAAUCUAGUCGUACGUCCUAUCAGUGGAUUCUCUAAAAUUGAUAAAUUUAGUAAUAUGGUCAUACCAAUGUUUUGGGCCGAAUAUAAUCAAGUGGGUUUACCUUGGUACAUUACUAGUCUCAUGUAUUUCACAGUAAUUAUAUUACCAUAUACGCAAACCGUUGGAAGCAUCUCUAUGAUGAUUGUCGGAAUUGCGAUGAUUGGCAAAAUGAUACUUGACUUGGCGUUUGGUUUCAAAAAACCGUUGUACUCUUAUAGUUCUUUAGAUCUCUUGCCGUCGAUUUAAUGUAAUUUUAAAGUGAACAACAUUAUUUUAUAAACAAUUUUUAAUAUUGAAUAAAUUAUUUAUUACUUGUUA